UGGGACCAAACGUGCACGUAUACGUGUUUAUCACCGUUUUCUGGAUUCUCUCCCACUCCACCUGUUUUCACAUUUUCCCAUAUAACUCAAUUUAUUGUCCAGAAAACAUUCAAUUCAAUUACAAUAAAAUUGUUGGAUUCGAUUGUGAAUUCAAAUAAAAUUAGGCUAAAUUCGGAGCUAUUGAUCGGCUCAACAAUGGGGGACGUGCCGGAAAAUCAAGAUUUCGGCGACGAAGUUUCUAGACUCGUGGAGCAAGCAAAGGAUUUGCAGGACUCUGCGGCGGCGCUAAUUAACCGCACAUCUCGAGAAGAAGAGGCGCUCCGCCACCGCGUCGCCUCACUCGACUCCCGCAUCAGCUCUCUCCGCUCUUCCGUCCGGAAUUCUGAGCAAGCCAACAGAUUGGAAGAGGAGUUAAUUAGAGCAAAAUAUAUAUUGAGUGAAGGAGAUGCAGCGGCGUUUCUUCCAAUUAAAUCUCAUGGCAGGUUUCUCAGGAUGUUUUUGGGUCCAAUUAAUGUUCGAGCUAACAGGAAGGAUGUGCAGUUGAAAGUGAAAGAGGAAUACAAUCACUUCAGAGAUAGAACCGCAUAUUUAUUCCUCUUUUUUCCGUCACUGCUUUUGAUGUUAAGCUCGUGGAUAUGGGAUGGAUGUCUACCUGCAUUGCCAGUUCAACUUUACCAGGUACUGUGCGCAUAAUUCUUGCCCUGGUUUAUAAU